CUUAUAGUUCCUUCAGAAUGGGCAGUCUUCCUUCAGAUGCAUCUGGACAACAGCAGCAUCGGGUCAUGGAGAAGUGUCCCUAGAUUUACCAAGUAGGGAGGACAGCCUUUCAACUGCAGACCUUUCAAAAUGCUUUAGCAACGCCAAUGUAUGCGGAGGUGUCAUCUCAAGUUUGGGUGGCGAAUUUUCGCUUAUCCGGGUCCUGUCUGCGGGAUUUCCGACCUUAAGCGCACCGACUCAGACCCUGAGCUCCGCAAGAACGCGCAGGGUGCCGUGAGAGCACCCGGGAGAAGAUGAAUAUCCAGGUUGUGCCAGAACACAAGCUUUCAUCGGUGGCCCCGCUGAAACAGUGCAAUGUGGAGAAAAAGGAGGUAGAACUGAUACUGGUGAAGGACCAGAAUGGCGUCCAGUACACCAGUUCCUCCAUCAUCCCCUCCCCUGGCCACCUCACAGGUCCUCCCGGAUCCACCGAGGACGAGCGAGAAACUUGGGGCAAGAAAAUAGACUUUCUCCUGUCGGUUAUUGGCUUCGCGGUGGACCUGGCCAAUGUUUGGAGAUUUCCGUACUUGUGCUACAAGAAUGGAGGAGGUGCCUUUUUGAUCCCGUAUAUUCUUUUCCUGGUCAUUGCGGGGAUGCCAUUGUUCUACAUGGAGCUUGCCUUGGGCCAGUAUAACAGGGAAGGGGCAGCUACAGUUUGGAAAAUUUGCCCUGCCUUUAAAGGUGUGGGCUACACUGUGAUCGUCAUAGCCCUGUAUGUUGGCUUCUACUACAAUGUCAUCAUUGCCUGGUCCCUCUACUACCUGUACUCCUCCAUGACCAGGGAUCUGCCAUGGCUCGAAUGUGGCAACGUUUGGAACAGUCUGAACUGCACCGACCCCAAAGCCGUCAACGGGUCCGUCCUUGGCAAUGGGACGACUUACGCCAAGUACAAGAUGACCCCGGCAGCAGAGUACUAUGAGCGGGGUGUGCUGCAUCUCCAUGAGAGUAGGGGUAUCCAGGACCUUGGCCUGCCCCGCUGGGAGCUGACCUUGUGUCUGGUGGUGGUGGUCUUCAUCCUUUACUUCAGCCUGUGGAAAGGUGUCAAGUCGUCAGGGAAGGUGGUGUACAUCACAGCUACCAUGCCCUACAUUGUCCUUUUUGUCUUGCUGAUCCGAGGAAUAACUCUACCUGGAGCCAAGGAUGGCAUCAAGGCCUACCUCAGCAUAGACUUGAAGCGCCUCAACAAUCUGGAGGUGUGGAUUGAUGCUGCCACCCAGAUAUUCUACUCACUGGGAGCAGGCUUUGGGGUGCUCAUUGCUUUUGCCAGUUAUAACAAAUUUGACAACAACUGCUACAGGGACGCUCUCCUGACCAGCACUGUGAACUGCGUCACCAGUUUCUUCUCAGGGUUCGCCAUCUUCUCUGUUCUCGGAUACAUGGCUUAUAAACAUGGAGUGAAUAUAGAAGAUGUGGCAACAGAGGGGGCAGGAUUGGUGUUCAUCAUCUACCCCGAGGCGAUCUCUACACUGCCUGGCUCCACGUUUUGGGCUAUUGUGUUCUUCAUCAUGCUGCUGACUCUGGGCAUUGACAGCUCGAUGGGCGGCAUGGAGGCGGUGAUCACAGGCCUUUCAGACGACUUCAAGUUCCUCAAGAGGAACAGAAAGGUCUUCACCUUCGCCACGGCAUUUGGAACUUUCCUGGUUGCUCUCCUCUGCAUUACUAAUGGUGGGAUCUACGUGCUGACCCUGUUAGAUAAGUAUGCAGCAGGGACCUCUAUACUGUUUGCUGUGCUGAUCGAGGCCAUUGGAGUGUCAUGGUUUUACGGUGUGGACCGCUUCAGUGAAGAUAUUGAGCGGAUGAUGGGCUUCAAGCCAGGUCUCUACUGGAGGCUGUGCUGGAAGUUUGUCAGCCCAGCUUUUCUGCUGUUUGUCGUAAUAGCCAGUACAGUGACCGCGUCAGGCCUGAAGUAUGACGACUACGUCUUCCCGUACUGGUCAAACGUAGUUGGCUGGGGUGUGGCGAUGUCCUCCAUGAUGUUUGUCCCCUGUUAUGCCAUAUAUAAAUUCCUCAGCGUACCAGGGACAUUCAAACAGAGAAUAGCUUACUGCAUCACUCCAGAGCAUGAGCACCAUUUGGUGGCUGAGGGAAAUAUACGGCAGUUCACACUCAAGCAUUGGUUGGCCAUCUGAUGACAGACACCCAGAACUCCCUCAUCCAUCCUCACAUUUGGUGUUUUGGAGUUCCUGUGUGCCACCAGUAGUCGGACAGACGAGAAAAGCACCAGGCUCCAUCCUCUCUCAGCAGCCUGCCUCCACUCCCUGCACCACCCAAGGAAUUUGUUGUAAACAGUAGCUUCACGCACUUUGGUUUCAGAGUUAGGUUUUUUAGAAUUCAACAGCUUGAGAUGAUAAGGGAAGGGCACCCCAGGGGGACAGGGUACUGUUACACUACAUGCCCAUCGUUUUAAUACUCUUUUAAUGAAUCAUAACUCUAGAUAUGUGAUGUAUAUUAUCUCCUGGAAGGGACAGAAAGUAAAAUUAAAGCCCUUACAAUAUCCUGGGUAAAACUACACAGGUAACCCAUUUUUAAAAUGAUUUAUUAAUACAUUUUUGUUGGAAGAGAGUCUCUGCUCUUGCCGUUCUCCGGUGUGUGGCUUAUUUGUGUCAGUGCCUUAUCAAGCGAGACACUCCAUGUUUCUUGCAGUCCAUACAGCAAGAAAUGACAGAAACUGUGUUGACUCAGGAACAAAUCAAGCCACAAGUUAAGUCUUUGAAUGGCUCUAUUGAUUUGACUAAGUCCUUUGAUAUUCACUGAAGAUCCGGAGUGAACAGUGCAUGACGUUGAAGCUCCUUUUUUUUAAUGUCAGUCAGGAAUGAUUUUGAGUCACAUUCUGUUACAGAAAAGGGAAUAACGCAUACAUCGCUCCUUAGCUUUAAAAGACAGUGAGGCAGGCUUAACACACCUCUUAUGCUUUGAAAGGCUAAACACACAUAACCAGGCCUUAAUCUCAAAGAAGUUACAAAGGCUGAACCGGGAAGCCUGGCUGCUAACUGAGGGGGAAGAAAAUCAGCAAAACAAAUGGCGUAACUGUUACAAAUGGUUUGUUUUUUAUUGUUGUGUGACUUUUACUUUUUUAAAUGUUUCAAAUGUUCAGCGCCUCUGAAGAGCAUUUGUGGCUUUUGCUCCGAAGAAACACUGCGAGAAAGAUAGUGUGUGUGUGUGUGUGUGUGUGUGUGUGUGUGUGUGUGUGUUUGUUGGGAUUUUGUUGCCAAUCAUACAGUAUGCUUUAGGUGUACUGUAUCUGUGUGACAUUGGUCAAAUUCCUCUUCUAAUGCACUGUAUAUUAGAUAAAGUGUAUGAGAACAUCUCUUAUAUUUUCAUUUGAAACAUAUUUUGUGAUGUUACACUUUUUUCACCACCAAAAAAAGUGCCAUUGUGUUCCUUUCAGAACGUUUUUUGAUUAUCUUAUUCAAUUGUUUUAAUUUAUUGGAAUGAAGUUGAAUUUGAGCCAUGAAUCAUAAGAGACCCUUACUGAAAGGAAUAAAGCCACAAAGAAAAAAAAAUCAAACAUAUGUGGAAUAUAUAAGAAGAUAUAAAAAAUAUAUAUAAAUAUAUUCUUUUGUUAUGUAUAAUCUUGUAUUUAUCAAAUUGUUUAUAACAAAACGUGAAUGUAAAGUAUUUUAAGCGUAUCUGUCCACAGUCAUAACAUGGUGUUUGAUGUAUAGCUAAAGAUGAACUAUUUAGAAGAAAUAUUCUUCAGUGUAACCCCGGGCUACUUUGUCACUGAAUGUGGUUAAAUACACCCUGGCUUUCCUGGACUAUGUUUACAGAAAUACUGUGUACAAUACCAAUGUCCUGUUGAACGUGAGUGACAACUAUCUAUAAAGAAGUCUGAAGUAUUCACACUAUGAUAAUAAAGAAUUCCUUGUACACACA